AUGCAAUCCAAGAUCGUCCUCGCCUCCCUCGUCGCCGGCGCCGCCGCCAACAACCUCCUCACCCUCCGCCAGGCCGCCGACCCCCUCGGCUCGCUCUCCAAGGAGUGCCAGGCCGACCUGCAGGAGGUGCAGUCCGCCAGCGACCUGCCCGCCAUCCCCACCGCCUUCAUCUCCGACGCCUUCGCCCAGGCGCAGACGCUCUCCGACCCCUGCGCCUACACGCCCACCGGCUCCGUCGCCGCCGAGUACACCUCCUUCGUCUCCGCCGCCGAGUCCUGGGCCAGCGCCCACACCAGCAUCGCCUCCAAGAUCGAGAAGGACUGCAACGCCGCCCUCCAGAACAUCGCCAACCUCUGCCCGUCGGGAAUGGGCAAGUCGGUGAGCGACGGCGGCGACGCCACGGGUACAGCCGGUGGCACCGGCGGCUCCGGGGCUUCGGCGACGGCGACGUCGAGCGGUGAUGCGGCGCCGGCGACGGCGAAGCCGGGCGCGGCGGCGGCCAACGGCCCGACUGCCCUGGGCGCGCUGAUGAUGGCUGCCCUGGGAGCCAUUGCUCUGCUGUAA